AUGUCCCACAAGCGACCGCAGUCCUCCGCAGAGGAGUCGAACGGGACGGCCGAUCUCAAGAAGCCACGUUUUGACCCCAUCUCUCUAGGCCUCCCUGCUGAGUUCCAGCUCACCGACUACACACGCCUAAAGGGGUGCAGCUGCAAACUGCCGCAGCCGAAGCUGCUGGCCCUGCUGCAGGAAGUCUCAACAACGCCUGGGCAGGAGGACGUCGGUAUGGACUGCAGCAUUGUGCCUCUGCACCACACGAACAGCAAAGGUGAGGCGCUGUUCCUCGUCUCUACAACGGACUUCUUCUUCCCCAGCGUGUCGGAUCCGUUCCUUCAGGGACAAAUCGGGGCUGCAAACGUCUUGUCAGACUUGUACAGCAUGGGCAUCUCACACUGUGAUACGAUGCUGAUGCUGCUCGCGGCUAGCACCGACAUGGACGAGCAUGAGCGCAUGGUCACGACACGGGAAAUCAUGAAGGGUUUUGCGGAGCGGGCGCAGUUGGCGGCGACGACGGUCACAGGCGGGCAGACAGUCAUGAACCCGUGGCCGCUGAUCGGCGGGGUGGCCAUAGCGGUUGUAUCAGAGGUGGAGAUGGUGCGACCAAGUGGUCUCUUGCGCGCUGGAGACGUAUUAGUGCUGACGAAACCGCUGGGAUGCCAGGUUGCCGUGAAUCUCAAGCAGUGGCUGCUGCGGCCCACCCCACUGUACGAGGAAGCCAUCGCUGAGCAUAUCACUCCCGGCGAGAUCGAGGAGCUGUACAACAUGGCCACAGACAGCAUGCGGCGCCUGAACCGCGAAGGGGCUCGGCUAAUGGGGAAGCACAGCGCGCACGGGGCCACUGAUGUGACCGGCUUUGGCAUUCUGGGGCACGCAAACAACUUUGGCGCAGCUCAGAACGUCGGCGAUGCGCCGCGCUCACUCUGCCUCGUACUGGAAAGACUACCGAUGUUCAAGACUGCCGUGGCUGCCUCGAAGCGGAUGAAUGACAAGUACCGUCUCCUCGAAGGGUAUUCGGCGGAGACGAGCGGCGGGCUGCUGGUGGCGUUCCCGAGCACCACUGCGGCGGAGGCGUUCUGCGCGGAACUCACGGAGGCCGAUGGCGGGUGUCCGUCGUGGAUUGUCGGGCGUGUAGAAGAACGCGCCACCAACGCUGCCGAUGGCGUCUACGCCCGUCUAACAGACGGGUAUGAGAUUAUUGAGGUGUGA